AUAUUCAAUGACUUCUUCCGGUGAUUCGGUUCCCUGUCAUCGGUUAAAAGAGGAGUGUUGUUUAUUACGGAAAUUUUACGUUUAUUUCGAAUAUGUCCACUAGAGGCGAGAAGGAACGACAAAAAGCUCAACAAGAAAAAUUCCAAGCCAUUCUUUCCAAUCUUUUAAAAGACGAAGAUAACAAAUAUUGUGUCGACUGUGAUGCAAAGGGGCCAAGAUGGGCUUCCUGGAACCUUGGUGUGUUCUUGUGUAUUCGAUGUGCAGGGAUUCAUCGUAACCUAGGUGUUCAUAUCUCCAAAGUGAAAUCUGUUAAUCUAGACACAUGGACUCCAGAACAAAUUGCGAUGAUGAUGGAAGUUGGAAACAGUCGUGCUAGGGCUGCAUAUGAGGCCAAUCUUCCUGAUAAUUACAGACGACCACAGGCUAACAGCCCUCUUGAGAGCUUCAUUCGUGCCAAAUAUGAGCAGAAGAAGUAUCUAGCUAAGGAAUGGGUUCCACCCACGCCAGUUAUAUCCAAGGAGCUUGAUUUUCAGCUCCUGGAUGAUGACAAAGACAAGCGAAAGAGCAAGCCCAAACCAACAACAACCACACCACUCACACUGAGUGCUGGACCGGUACACAAGUCCGCCACUGCCCCUGGUAACCUGAAUGAAGUAGGUGCAUCUCCAGCCACUAAAGCCAGCAGCUCACAGAAAUCUGAUGCCACACACAUAUCCCUGCCCACUCAGCCUGCUGCUGCUCAUAGCUCGGCUGAUCUGAUUGGUCUAGUGUUUCAACCCUCUCCUACCUUUGCACCUGUUGAAGCCCCCAGUGCUCCUGUGGUCAAACCGUCUAACAGCCUUCUCGACGACUUCAUGGGAGGGGGUGUUACCACAUCACUGCCCUCUAGUCAGCCACAAAUCACCCAGGCCUCUCAGAAUGGUCUAGAGGAAAGCCUAUUUGGAGAGAUGGGCAGUACAGACACCAAGCCCAAAGGUUCCACCAAGGACUCCAUUAUGGCGCUGUUUGGUGGCCAGUCACAACAACAACAACAACAGCAGCAGCAGUUUGGCGUGCCUGCAGUAAGCGCCUCUCAACUCUCCGCACCUUUUGAUGUGGUGGGUGGGGUAUUCUCCACGGCAGGCUACAAUUAUAUGGCACCUUACCCGCCCCAGAUGGCAUAUAAUUUUGCUGAUACAGGGGGGAUGUACAUGCCACCCCAACAGCCGGCUGGAAUGGCCAUGUAUGGUAUGCCACAGCAUGCACAGAUGCCAGCCCAACAGGUGAUGUAUGGAGGCCAGAUGGGCAUGAUGGGUGGUAUGCCUGCGGGCGGUCACAUGGGCAUGAUGGGAAUGCAGCAGCAGCCUAUGGGCAUGCAGGGGCAGGUGGGCAUGAGGCCCAUGGCUCCACCUAUGUACGGGCAGCAGCCACAACACAUGCCACAGAUGAAUUUCAACCAGAUGCAGAACCAGAUGGCUGGCAUGAGCCUAGGCGGGUCUCAGCCUCAGAUGGGAGGGAUGGGCUGGGCAGGGAACCAGAAUGCAGCAGGGGGCCACACCCUCUCCACAAACCUCUGGCAAUGAAGACUUAUAUGUGCCUCGUUCUGGGAAAACUGGGCGAAAUGAUGUGGGUAAAGUGUCAUCCCAGAUUGCACAGGCUAAUCAGGGACACUGCGCAUUUAUGGUAUUUUUAUUUAAGUGUAGUCCCUUCCCUUCUAAACAAAAAUCCAGUUCAGGUUGAAAGUGUUAUCCCUGAUUAGCCUGUGUGGACUGCACAGGCUAAUCUGGCAGUUCACUUUGUGCACAUUCAUUAAGAUCAGUUGUCACAGAACGAGGCUCAUAUGUAAAGUGGUACCAGGCUGAACAUUCCAACACAAGAGACAACCAAGAUUAGACACUCCGGCGUGGAAGGGUCUUCCUGACAUUACAUCUGAUAAUUCAACAAGAAAAUAAUGUUUAGUUCGAUUAUAAAAUGUGAAUACAUAUUUUGUUCAAUUUUAAAAACUGAAGAUACUCAUUAGUAAAACUUGUUCAUUAUUUUGGAAAUGAUGUUAACACUCACAUUUAUGACCUUUUAGCCAUUUAUACUUUGUUCAAUUUUUUUUAAGCCCAUCAAGUAAAAUCCAGUGCAUUUUCUGACAGGUAAACUGCCAUUGAAAUGUACAUGUGUAUAACAGAAGGACUGCUGUAUUCCACGGGUCCUGUGCAAUAGCAUAGUUCUUUAACAGCUGUGGAGUUUACCAUGGAACUGUAGUCAUGGUACAAUUGUUAUUUGAGUCGUAUUCUGAGAAAACUGGGCAAAAUGCAUGUGUGUAAAGUGUCAUCCCAGAUUAGCCUGUGUAGUCUGCACAGGCUAAUCAGGGACAACACUUUCCGCUUUAACUAGAUUUUCGGUAAAAGGGACUUACUUUAAACGAAAAAUACCAUUAAAGCGGAAAGUGUCGUCCCUGAUUAGCCUGUGCAGACUGCACAGGCUAAUCUGGGACAACACUUUACACACAUGCAUUUAGCCCAAUUUUCACAAAACGCGACUCAUUUGAAUCCUAGAGAGAAAUGUUUUACAGAUCCAUGAUCAGCGAUAUGGGAAGCUGAAAUGACAUAUAAUUGUGUGAAUAUCAUUGAUUUAUUUAUAUCCAAAAUAUUCUAUGAUAAUUUUGUAUUAUUGUGUUGUUAGUAAUGUGCUGUAAACAAUUGUUUUAUGUAAGCUGUUUACGUAAAUACUGAAAUAACCGGUUUAUGGAUAUUAUGCACAUUAUUUGUUAAUAUGUAUUUAUUUUAAUGCUUUGUUAAUAAUGAUGAUUUAUUUCUACAUUUUGUUAAAAUAAGGCUUCAAACACAAUUUCUAGAAUGAUUUUUUAUGCCCCCGGAUCGAAUGAUCGGGGGCAUAUUGUUUUUGGUGUGUCUGUCUGUCAAUCUGUCAUGCUGUCCCAAAACUUUAACCUUGGUCAUAACUUUUGCAUUAUUGAAGCAACUUGAUAUUUGGCAUGCAUUUGUAUCUCAUGGAGCUGCACAUUUUGAAUGGUGAAAGGUCAAGGUCAUCCUUCAAGGUCAAAGGUCAAAUAUAUGGCUUCAAAGCGGCUCAUUAGGGGGCAUUGUGUUUCUGACAAACACAUCUCUUGUUUCUAUUCUAGAGUGGUUUUUUGUUUCCAUACAAUAUUUGAUUAUCAUGUAAGGUUUGUGUGACUAUUUAAGUGUUGUUCAUUCUGUUUAGCUGAACAAUUUAUGUACACUUUACAUUGGCAAGACAAUGUAUGUGUUUGAAGAUUGUAAAUAUGAUAGUCAUUUAACUAUUAUUCCUCAGUAUUUCAAAAAGGUCAGGUUUCACAAGAUUUUCAUGCAUUUUCAUUAUUUUCAGAAAAACAUCAUUUGUAAAGAAUUAAUAUGUUUUUGUUUUUAGUUAUUUUAAGGACAGUCAUGAAUUUAUAUCCAUGCUCAAUAUGCAUUUGUUUUUUAACGUUUCAAUAAACAUAUUAUGUCUUACUAUUGACAUACUAAUGCAGUUAUUUACAAAGUCUGUUUUCAUGGUUCGUAUGUGCUUUAAUUUAUUUUCAAUUUGUCUCAAACACAAAAAAGUGUUUCAGGCAAUUUGCCCCUAAAUAGCAAAAUAACAACCCUAUCCUAAAUUAUUAAGAGCCCAAGGUUUGUUUCAAAGGCUGAAAUGGUAAGAUUCCAGUCAAUAUAUUUACUUGCAAGAUAUCUGUCGAAGAGGAGCUAUAUAUGUCAUGGUAGCAUAUAAGGAACCAUUUACAUGUAUUUGAACUAUUUAGAGCCCAAGGUUUGUUUGGAAGGCUGAAAUGGUAAGAUUCCAGUUAAUAUACUUAAUUACCAGAUAAAUGUCGAAGAGGCGAGAUAUGUAAUAGUAGCAUAUAAGGAACCAUUAACAUGUAUUUGAAUAGUGUACCCAUUUUCACGCUUUUGAUUAUCACAGCUAUGUCUUAAACUUUUAAAGUUAAAGAAAACCAGACCCUACUUUAAACAGUCUCCUGCAACCAUGUUGGUUGGUCUUGCAAAUAGUAAUGUUCGUAUGUACAGUUUUGUUUCUAGAUUUUAACAUUUCAUUGUUUCAAUCUGUGAUGAUAAUUUUAAAUUGUAUUAAAUUGUAUAGUAUGGGAACUAACUUUAAAUUGCAUAGUGAACAGUAAGUUCUGUACAUGUCAUUGUCAUUAAAUGUAUACAAAUGUA